AUGGAAAAAAUUAAGGAAGUACUAGAAUACAAAUACAUCGACCCCCAAGACGACUGCCAACAGAUCGCCUUCCAUGCAGAAGAAUAUCAUAACAAAAUCCCUACAACAAUCACACAAACCCGGGAUGAAGAAAUAUUCUUGGAAGACGAUCCCAGGAUUACGACACAGCACAGAGAACACAAGGAGAUAGCAUGGAUCUACUACAUCUUCGAUCACUGCGCCUACCAUCUCUCAAAGAAAGCAGAAAACGAACUAUACCCCAAAAGAAAAGAAGAACUGCGAAUCCGCAGAGCCCAUGAGGAACAAGAACUCUCAUAUUGGGAAGUACGGGGAGAACCCGGAGAAUGGAAAACCAACAACGAUGGAAUAGCAUUCCUACGACCCAGCAUCGAAUACCCUCAGAAGUGUGUGAACCACUUCACGGGAGUCUGGUGGAAUUGCAGGGAAGACCUAUGCAAACUCCACUACAUUCCAAAAAGCGAAAGUUGGAGAUUCCGACAACAAGAACUAGACAAGCAAGGACAGGACGGCGAGACGCCCAGCCCACCUCGUCUAGGAAUCAGAGAAAGUAACCUCGGCAGAGACCGAAAGAAGGGCGAGAAGGCCCUCUACUCAAAAAACUAG